AUGGCAUCUUCUCUUCCGACCUUCCCACGUAUAGUGUUCACAAUCAUCGAGCCCAUCUCAUUAAUCGCUGGCUUUGCUGGUGCCGUCAUUGAUCCAGCCUGGUUCAUGAACGAACAAGUUCCUCACAGCAAUAUGAUUAGCCCUUCUGGAAAUGGUAUCAUGGUGACCUGGCAGUUGGGAAAUCUUUACUUAUUGCUAGGAUUUCUUGGCAUUGCGAUCCUAUCAACGACCAAUGAGAUCAGUGUCGUCCGAGCAUAUCUUAUUGCACUGUGGCUUGGAGACAUUGGUCAUGUCGGUUUCAGCUCCUAUGGCUUAGGGUGGGAUCUGUCAAUGAGUCCUACGAAAUGGAACGCUACGACUUGGGGGAACAUCGCAAUGACGUUGUUUCUCUUCUUCACAAGAACGGCCUACCUCACUGGGCUCUUUGGCAAGGAUCACGUCAAGCCUUUUACUCUGAAAAAGGCCAUUUAA